AGAGUGGCUAAUUUGGAAUCGAGGCGUGAAUAUGUUGGUCCUUUUCGAGACAGCUGCAGGUUAUGCAGUAUUCAAGGUCCAUGAUGAGAAGGGUGUUCGUGAAAUCGACGAUUUGGCUAAGGCAUUCGAAGAUACAGCCACAAUGAAUCAGCUGUAAGUUAAUUUUUUGAGAAUACUUCAUGCUCCAGUAAGAAUCCAGCUUGAGCGCUUUGUCCAGUUCAAAGAUACGAAGGAUGCAUUAGUAGCUGCUUCGGACAUAAUAGAAGGAAAAUUGUCUAAGAAAUUGAAAAAGCUUUUGAAAAAGUUGUACGUUAAGGAGCUAAGAGACGAUGUGCUUGCAGUUGCCGAUAAAAAGUUGUCAGUGGAUAUUAAUACAAAAAUGAGUAUACCAACAGUUAGUGAUUCUCUAGUGCAAAACCUUAUGCGAGGAAUCCGGACACACAUUGAUAACCUCCUUCCUGUUGUUGAAGAUAGUCACAUGAUAAGGAUGCGUUUGGGUUUGGCUCACAGUCUCGAUAGAUAUAAACUGAAAUGUAACCCAGACAAAAUUGAUACCAUGAUAGUUCAAGCAGUCGGCCUCAUGGACGAGCUAGACAAAGAAAUAAACAAUUAUAUAAUGCGUGCUAAAGAAAUGUACGGGUGGCAUUUUCCUGAAUUGUCGAAGAUAGUUUUGGAUAAUGUAACAUACGUCAAAGUAGUCAAACGAAUCGGUCAUAGGGCAAAUUCAAGUGUUGAUUUAUCAGACCUCGUGCCGGAUGAAAUAGCUAGUCAAAUACGAGAGGCCUCUAUCGUCUCCCUAGGAACAGAAGUGAUCGAUGAAGACAUUACUAUGAUCAACGAACUUUGUGAUCAGGUACUUGAAGCUUCUGCCUCCCGUACUCAGCUCCACGAUUAUCUUAUCAAGCGAAUGGUGGCAGUCGCUCCAAAUUUGACAGCUCUUGUCGGGGAACUUCUGGGUGCAAGGCUUAUAGCUCGGGCAGGAACACUCGUUAACCUAGCUAAACAUCCUGCUUCAACGGUACAGAUACUAGGCGCUGAGAAGGCAUUAUUCCGAGCAUUGAAAACACGACAUAACACUCCGAAAUACGGUCUGUUGUACCAUGCCACAUUAGUGACACAAUCAGAUAAUCAGUUCAAGGGUAAAAUGUCACGAAUGUUGGCUGCUAAAGCAUCAUUAUCAGCGCGUCUAGACGCUCUUGGUGAAGAGGGUGCUGACACAGAAAUGGGUAUACGAGCAAGAGCAUACUUAGAAAAGAGACUUCGACAGUUAGAAGCUGGAACUUUUAACCCAAAAUUAUCGUCGAUUAAGCGGGGAAUAAAGUCAGAGGACGGCCAACCGAAGUCGAAGAAGAUGAAGGUGGAUGAAUGAAUUAUAACAAUUAUAAUGUACAUACGUUUCAAAAAUAUACAUUAUCAAUUUAUUUGCUCCUAAUGUCCAUGGUUAUAUAAUGUAGUCAAGGUUUAAUCGAAUAACGAUUAUGUCGAC